GGGGGGAGGAAACAAAAACAACUCAACGCCAUUUUGGACUUAGGCCUACUUUGCUAAUUAUGAAUUCCGGGAGACUUCGAGCACACCAUUCGCAUCAAAUGAGCUGAGGAUUUGUACUGUGGCUUUUCCCUUUCUUAUAAUCCUUCAUCGCCCCCCCCUUUUCCCCCUUACGCGAAUUGCGUUUUAUUAUUUUUAUUGGAACGUGCGCUCUGAGCGAACCAACUCAUCGUGUGUAUGUGGGGAAAAAAAAGACGACCGAAGUGUGAUGCGCCUCAAAUUCCCAUCUUUUCUGAAUGAAGUUGCCCGCUGAAGAAGAAAAAAGGUGGAUCGCAGCCAGUAACUAGUCAGGAGACGUGGUGGAGCCGCAGAGAAAUUUCUUUCCUUUGGAAGCGAAACGUUUUAUUUUGAUUAGUCCAUUUUCUUAAAGCUGUCCAAAAAAACUCAUCAUGGGAGCUGGUACCAAGCUUGCGUUUGUUGUGUUUUUGAUUUCGUGCUCUUCGGGUGCUAUACUCGGUCGAUCCGAGAAGCAAGUAUGCAUUAUCUAUAAUGCAAAUAGGGAGAAAGACCGAACAAAUCACACUGGGAUUGAGAACUGCGUUGAAGAAAAAGAUAAACGGGGACACUGUUAUGCCACGUGGAAGAACUCCUCUGGUACCAUUGAAAUUGUGAAAGGAGGCUGCUGGCUGGAUGAUUGGAACUGCUAUGACAAGGGCGAAUGUAUCGAGACAAAAGAGAGCCCUGAAGUGUUCUUCUGUUGUUGCGAAGGAAGCAAGUGUAAUGAGAGAAUUUUUCAUGUCCCAAUCGUUCAGGAUGUACCAUCAACAUCAAAUCCUGUUACAAUGAGGCCACCGCUCUUCAAUACUUUACUUUAUUCACUGGUACCCAUUAUGGGAUUUGCAGUGGUUGUGUUGUUCUCUUUCUGGAUGUAUAGACACCACAAGUUGGCAUAUCCACCAGUACUUGUACCAACUCAGCAUGCCUUUCAUAUAGAGAUAGAGGACCCUGGACCAAUACCACCUUCUCCAUUGCUUAGUCUGAAACCUCUGCAGCUACUGGAGGUCAAAGCCAGAGGACGCUUUGGUUGUGUAUGGAAGGCCCAACUACUUAAUGAGUAUGUGGCAGUGAAAAUAUUCCCAAUUCAGGACAGACAGUCCUGGCAAAAUGAAUAUGAAAUAUACACUUUACCUGGAAUGAACCAUGAAAAUAUUUUAGACUUCCUUGGUGCAGAGAAAAGAGGCUCAAAUAUUGACAUGGAGCUAUGGUUGAUAUCUUCAUUCCAUGAAAAGGGUUCUCUGACAGAUUAUCUGAAAGCUAAUGUGCUGUCUUGGAAUGAAUUAUGCCAUAUUGCUGAGAGCCUGGCUAGAGGACUAGCAUAUCUUCAUGAAGAUAAACCUGGUUUAAAAGACGGACACAAGCCUGCAGUUGCCCACCGGGACUUCAAAAGUAAAAAUGUGCUGCUGAAAAAUAAUCUCACUGCAUGUAUAGGAGAUUUUGGUUUGGCUUUGAGAUUUGAAGCUGGGAAGUCGGCAGGUGACACCCACGGCCAGGUUGGCACCAGAAGAUACAUGGCUCCAGAGGUCUUGGAAGGUGCAAUAAACUUCCAGCGUGAUGCAUUCCUUAGGAUAGAUAUGUAUUCAGUGGGACUUGUGCUCUGGGAAUUAGCAUCAAGAUGCACAGCUACUGAUGGGCCAGUGGAUGAAUAUAUGUUGCCAUUUGAAGAGGAAGUUGGACAGCAUCCAUCCCUUGAAGAUAUGCAAGAGGUGGUUGUGCACAAGAAGAUGAGGCCUGUUUUCAGAGAAUAUUGGCUAAAGCACGCUGGGAUGGCUAUGUUGUGCGAGACCAUAGAAGAAUGCUGGGAUCAUGAUGCAGAGGCACGAUUGUCUGCAGGUUGUGUCGCAGAACGUAUCACUCAGAUGCGAAGACUAAUGACCACGAUUAAUACAGAUAACAUAGUGACUGUAGUUACUAUGGUAACAAAUGUUGACUUUCCACCCAAAGAAUCCAGCCUAUGAUGGCUUCAAAGGUCAUGAAGCAGACCAAUAGACUACAGCAGAGCUGCUAUCUCCUGAAUUUAUUUCACUGGUUACAACAAACAAUUCAGUAUCUUGUCCUUGCGCACUUAACAGAACUGGUGGCCAUUGCAGUGGCAAGUGGACAAUAGAGGCAACAGGUACUACAUUCAGUGAUCCAGUCAGAGAUGAUGUUGAAGAUAACGUGGUUGUUGAAAAGAUCACUUGAUACUUCAUUGUGCAUCGCUCGGGAUAUUGGAAGGUAACUCUUUUUGCAGCAAGAAAGCUAAGCACGUAUCAAACAUCGCUCUCAAAUUUGACAACAUGAGCUUAGUUGGAGUGCACCAGAUAACUGGCUUCUCAUGAAGAUGUCGCAGUCCCUCAGAUGGAUUACUGUUAAUUUUUAAUAACAGUACAUUUAAUUUCAGAAAGAAGUGCGAUUCAUUUUUAUUGCAUUUAAUAUUUGCGUUCACAAAAGAACUAUUGUAAUGCCAAUAUGACAUAGCUUGUGAAUGUUCAGUGUGCUGCUGUUAUAUGUAUAAACAAAUCAAGGUUUUUUGGGACAUAGCAAAGAAGCUUCAAGCAUUACAUUAUAACCAUAAACCUCCCUCAACAAGGUAUACCUCAGUUUCCAUAUUUGAUAAACUAUAUUAGUAAUUUUAGUUUAACACUAACUGACUUUAAUUGACAGUUGACCUUAAAUGUGAUUUAAGUAUUAAUUCACUACAAUUAUACUAUACCUUUCUAUGCCAAUGGGAGAAGGCUAUUCAAAACAGUGUUUCUGCCUUGUUGUGCAAGCUCCAUGUAAUAAUUUCUAUCAUGCAGUUGUCUGCUUUUAAUAGCUCCUUUGCUACGCGAAGCUUUGGAAAUAUCUUUUGCCCAAAAUUGGCUUUCAAAUGCACUUCCUUAUUUUAGAUUUGCCGUGUCUAUAGAGAAUUCAGAGAUGUACGCAUGCUUUUCUGUUUUUAAACUUGCAAGAUAUAGUUAACACUGGAGGUGUUUUUUUUAAUUUGAAUGCUUUUAUUUUGAAAAGUAAUAUAUCCUUUGUUUUCUUUCAUUACACAUGUAAAGUAAUUUUGCAUACCUGUUAUAAGUGCAGUCAUUAAUCUACUGUGUCACUGUACCAACGUAACCUCAGGAAUUUGUUACCUGAAACCCUCUCUGUUUUGAGUUGUGGUGACAAUCCUACACUAAUGUCAGUGCCAUUUUAGUAAGCUUAGAAAAACUUACAAGGCAACAGAAAUAUUUUUUUUAAAGAAUAAUAUAUGCAAUAGAUACAAAUACAGCUGACAGGUAUUAACUUCUGUUCUUAAACAAUAUUAUGGUUUUAUACUUAAUGCAAAACUGACACGUCAAAAGUAACCACUGCAUUUGCUGCUCAGUUUACCUAUUCAGGGUCAGGGUUCAGUUAUCUUUAACCAAGUGUAACCCAUGCUUGCAUUGUGGCAGUUCACCCAAAUGCCUCAGUACAAAACUGCAUAAUGUGGGUAUCAUAAAGACCAUUGAACUCCACUGACUCGGCAAGUAAUGAUUAGGUGCCAAAUGUUCUGGAUAGAUGACACUAAAGUCUACGCUGCAUUUUUGUAGUUUUAUUCUUAGAAAAAGGAUCAAUCAUCGGACUGGACUAACAGUAUUAUAACAAAUUUGCUCAAUUACAGUUAACUUUAAUUUUGGGAAUAAUCAUUGUAAAUGAAUAGUCUCAGUAUUGUAAAGGGGGAGGGUGAACAACUCGUGGUUGUAACACAUUGCUGCCAACGGCUGAGGUAGAAAAGGGGGGCGAGGUCCUGCAACAUGAAUGUGGGGAAUUAGGUAGUAGAUUAAAUAACACAACCUCUAUGAUUGUAAUCUGUAGGUUACCUCCAGUGUGUAAAGAAAAUAGGUCAGAUGAAUACAUGACUAAGGGAAUGGUUUCAGAGGGAGGUUUUUGUGAUCAUUGAGACACUCCUAGGAUUGGCUGGGACUAUACAAGGCCAGAUUGUACCUGAAUCAGGACAGGUCCUAAAUUGUUGCAUGGAGGUUUGCUCAUACUGUUGGAGCGGUUUUAAACUAUUGUGGCAAGGGAGUGGGACACAGAGGGAAUGUACAUUUGGGAAGGGAAUGCAAACAACUAUAGAACAAAAGCUAGAUCAGACCAGCAGGUGGAGCAGACACAGGCACAUGAAUGGACUGGGAAGCUAGAAUGCUUUAAUGGAAUAGCGAUUGCAGAGACAUGGUGCCGCAAAGAAAGGGUAAGCAUCUCUGUGUCCCAGGGUAUCGGAUCUUCAAGCCGGGUAGCGGGUUAGAUAUAUCAGAGGUGGUAUCGUAGUGAUGAUUAGGGAUUCCAACUGUGCAGCACUUAGAGAGGAUAUCCUAGAAAAUUCUUAAAAUGAAACCCUUAGAUGGGUGGUCACUUUGAACUUGUACUAUAGUUCUCCCAACAGUCAGCAGGAGAUAAAGGAGAUACAUAGGCAAUUCGGAAGUGUUACAGUUGUUUUAAACUUUUAAACUUUGCCAGUAUUAACUAGGAUCACGUUUCAGUGUGGAAAGGAUUAGAUGGAGUGUGAUUUUUAUAGUGUAUUCAAGAGAGCUGGUGCUGGUACAUUAAUAGCGUUUGUAGGGAUGGGUCGGGGCUAGACCUAAUUGUGGGGCAUGAAGCUGGGUAUGCAGAUGAAGUGUCAGUGAUUGAACACUUUGGAGGUGACGACUUCAACUCUUAAGUAUUAAAGUGAUUAUGGAAAAGGGGUAAGGAUGAUAUGGAAAUCAAGUUUCUAAAUUGGGGAGGGCAAAUUUCUACAAGAUUAGACACAACCUGGUAAUCUUUGCAGCUGUUUGCAGAUCAAUCUAUGUCCAGCAGGUGGGAAUCUGUUUAAGUGAAGCAUUAGGUUCAGGGCCAGCAUGUUGCUGUAAAUAUGAACGGUGAGGAAGGCAAAUCACAGAUAUCACAGGUUUGAUUAAGAAAAGGAAACAUAUAUACUGAAAAGGAGGGCAUCCCUUCAGGAGUAUAGGGUGUAGCCCGGGUGCUCA